AUGGCCUUUGAUUCUUCCAACGACCCAGGCUUUGCCCUGGUCCGGGGCAUGUGGGCUGCCGUCGCCGUCGCUGCGUUCAUCCUCAUCUUGCGAGUCUUUGCAAAGAUCAAGCUGCGCCAGUUCCGCUUCGAUGAUGUGCUGAUGAUCGUGUCCUGGGGAAUGACCCUGGCAGCGACCGUCCUGCUGCAGCUGUCCGUCAAUCACGGCUUCGGCACCGACCUGACGAAACUCGAGUAUGCCGACCUCAAGGUCGUGCUGAAGGCCAUCGCGAUCGAGAUCCCGCUUGUCACCAUCGGCACUGGCUUCGCCCGCUCUGCCUUUGCCCUGUAUAUCAUCGCCAUCCUGGGGAACAAACGCACGUACACCAUUGCCUUGUGGAGCGUCAUGCUGCUCCAGCUCGCGGGGAACAUCGUAUCUGGCGUGCUGCCUCUGAGCAUCUGCCGGGACGUGCGCGUGCUGUGGAAUCCAAACAUCAAGACAACAUGCGGAGACAGCGCGGCCGUUAUAAAAUUCGCCUACUUCUCAUCUGCCGUCAACGCAGCAGCCGACCUCUUCCUCGCCGUCUUCCCCACAGUAAUCUUCUGGAACCUCAACCUGCGCCUGCGGAUCAAAAUCAGUCUAAUCAUCCUAAUGAGCCUGGGGAUCCUGGCCAUGAUCGCCGUGAUCAUCAAGUCCACCAAAUACGGCGACAUCCCGGGCAUCACGAACCUAGGCGCCCACGGCGGCAUCGAGCUCAUCCGCUGGGGCUACGCCGAGAACCUGAUUAUCAUCAUCACCUCGUCGGUGCCUUGUAUCCGGCCGCUGCUGAUCUCGUCGGUGCGGAAGCUGUCGAGUGCAGCCCGGUCGCGGUCUUAUGAACUCAGUGGGCCUUUCUCGGGGAAUAAGGGCGUUCAGUCGAAGACGUCACGGAAUAACCACUCCAGUGGACGCUCCGAUAACCCGGGGUAUGGAGAUGAAGAUGACUUGCCCGAGGAGACGGAUAGUAUCGAGCGGAUCCUGCAAGAUGCAGAGACGGCAGAGCGUAAUCGGGAGUUGCGCAGGGGCAUCACGAAGCAGGUUGAUAUCUCGGUGAUGUCGGCGCAUAGUCAGUCAGAGUGGAGUGGGAAUCGGUCGCCUUGA